GUGUUUUCUUUGUCUCGCGGGAUUCGCUGCAGUAUAAAAUUAACUUGCGCCAAUCUCCUCUUCCUCUUGCGUGGAUAUUUGGAAUUUUAAAGAGCAGGUUGUCUGAGGAACACGUGCGCAAAAGCCACCAACCGCUUUCCCAAACCUCUGUUGCCAACCAUGUCUUCCACGUCCAAGAAGCACCAGGCCUUCUGCUCCGAGCCCAUGAAGGGGAAGCCGGUCACCGCCGUCCCCGGCAUUGGCAAGGUCACCGGCAGUCAGCUGAAGGCGCAGGGCUACUCCAAGGCCACCGACGUCCUGGGCAAGUACCUGACGGUGAACGAGAACCGCAACCAGUUCCAGGGAUGGAUGGAGAAUACCACCACCGCCAACGCCGGGCAUCAGGGAGCCGCCUACAAUGCCAUGCGGGAGUGGAGCGACAAUAACCUGUAGGAGUGACUAUGGUUGAACUGUUCUGCAGCUAAAAAAAAUGCGCGCGCUCUUUUGGUUCAUGUUGCUACUACUUCAUAUUUGCAUUGUAUAAUGAAUCUUCCCUUAACUAUAUGAAAGGAUGGCUUAACUUUGUGCCCGCCCAGUGUGUUUGUUCACAUGGCAUGUAGGCCUACCUGCUGCACUUAUUAGGCUAAUGUCGUUUUGUAGCAUUUUGGAUUUUUUUUGUGUCUUAAAUCUUAAGUCUUAAAAAUUUGAUUCUAUUUUCCUGUGAACUUUAUCUUACAUCUUGAAUAAACUUUUAUAUUCAGUUCAUGUUUUAGAGUACAUAUUUACUCCAUUUAAAAGUAGUAGGUCUAGCCCACAGUUUAAAAUGGCAAGAAUAGGCCUAUGUUCUAUAGCAGGCUCUUAUUAUUGUGAGCUACUGUUGACAAGUUGUGCAAAAAAAAGGGAAUGUAUUUAAGAAAUUAUGGGCGUAAUUGCGCACCCACUAAUGUCCAACAGAUGGCGCUUUUCUCCAGGUUUGGUGGUUUCUGAACUGUAGCAAGGGUUGCCUAUAAUUGCAUGCUGUAGACUUAUCUCGCCGAUUUCGUAAGGGAAAUGGAGAUGAUAUCCAAUGGGUGUGUACUGCAUUAAAUCUAGGGUCAACGAAUGGGUUUCAAGUGAAAUGAGCAAUGCUAUAUUCGGGGUGGAGU